GUUGAGAAAUGAUUCUGCUGAAGAAAUGUUGCAGUGGCCAACUGUAUAGAAAACGUAUCUUUGACUCUACUUCUUUGUCGUUGGAAGUUAAUUCAAAAUAUCUACAGAAGUUUGGGACCUAUAUACUUCAAUGCUUUGUUCAUUCGUCCACAGAUUUUUCUGCUGAUUCCUACCAUUCUUUGCUUGUGGGUAAGCAGGAACUGGAUGCUUUCUUUCGGCCAAAGCAAGUCACUCUAGUAGUUGGAGAUGUUCCAAUUGACAGAAAGUUGCACAUGUUGUGGAAGAAUUUGCAAGAUGGUACAAAGUUAUUUAACUUGGAAGCUGCUAGUGUUGGUACUACAGAAAGAUAUGGAAAGAUGUUCACCAAUGGCUUAAAGAGUGUUGAAGAUCUCAGAGGACCCAUCGAUCUUGUCGUAAUAGCAACGCAUGUAUCAGAGGUUCAGGGUGUUUUGCAUAGUUUGGCAAAGAAAGGAACCAAAGCUUGUUUACUCUCAUCACUUAUAACUUGGGACAAGUUGGGUACAAAAGAAACGCAGAAUGUCUUUCGAGAAAUUGCAUCGGUUGCGUCACAACAUCAAAUAAGACUCAUAGGUUCUGAUAGCUUAGGUAUAUUGAACUGUCGUUUGGGACUGAAUGUAUCGUCGUCUUUAUCUCGAGACUAUCUUCCUGGCCAAGUUGCGUUGUUAUCCCAAAGUGGUUCUUUGAUUUGUUCAUUGUUAGAUUGGUCGGUAAAAGAACGUUUCGGUUUUUCAGGAGUGGCAGAUGUUGGAACUAUGUUGGAUGUGGAUUGGGCUGACCUGAUUCACUACUUUGGCAAUGAUCGUCAUACACACUCUAUUUUGAUUUAUGCAGAAGGCAUUGGAAAUGUACGACGUUUUCUAUCUGCUGCUCGAGAAGUAGCAGUAAGCAAACCCAUCAUGCUGAUAAAGCCUUACAAAUUGCACAUUUCUUCCAAAACAGUAAGCACUCGUCCGAUAUCAGGAAAGGGAACGAUUCCCAAGGAACUAAAAGGCCCUCUUGAUUUAUUGACAUUUGAUGAAAAUGCUGUCUUAGAUGAAGUAUUUCGAAGGUCUGGAGUGCUUCGAGUGGAAAGUGUCAAUGAUCUAUUUUUAACAGCUCGAGUUUUGGCACAUCAACCUCGUCCACUGGGUUCCAAAUUGACCAUUAUUAGUAAUGCUGGUGGACCAGGUUAUUUGGCAGCAGACCAACUUAUCGCUGGAGGAGGACAACUAUCCUCAUUAUCGGCCAAAGUUUCUUCCAAGAUUCAGAAAGUAUUGCCGAGCCACUUGCCAACAGUCAAUCCAAUUGAUCUAUCAGGGAAUGCCUCAGCAAAUGACUACAAGGAAGUAUUGGAGGCCUGUUUUGAGAAUGCUGAAACCGAUGGAGCGUUAGUGAUUCUAACACCACAGACGAUGACUCAAGGCACGGAAACUGCACAAGUGUUGGCGGAUAUGAGUAAUCAAUGGAGAGAAAAACACAAACCACUAUUGACAAGUUUUAUGGGAGGAAAAGAAUUGAUGGAAGCGCAAGAGAUAUUACGCAAUGCUCAAAUUCCCAAUUUUGCAUUUUCGGAUACUGCAGCUUCUGUUUGGAAUUAUCUGUGGCGAUAUAAUGAAUACUUACAGAGUCUUUAUCAAGUUCCUGAUUCGGGUUUAUCAGAAGUUGCUUAUUGGAAGGAAUCUCAAAGAACAGCGGAAGCCAUGUUACGUUCCAUUCAGAAACAAGGAAGGUCUCUUAUGACGGAAAUAGAGAGCAAGAAAUUGUUGCAAAUCUAUCAAAUUCCCGUCGUCGAUACUCGCGUAGCAAAGGAAGAAGAAGAAGCUGUGGAAAUGGCCAAGGAAUUAGGAUUCCCUGUUGUUUUGAAACUUCAUUCAGAGACGAUUAUUCACAAGUCCGAAGUAGGAGGAGUGAAAUUGAAUCUGACUUCUUCGGAAGCAGUUAAAUAUGCGUUCCGCUCCAUUCGUGAGAGCUGUGGUCGUCUUCGAGGAAGACAACAUUUUCAGGGAGUUGUUAUUUAUAGGAUGAUUGAUAAACCCAGGGAUACUCAUGAAGUAAUGUUGGGUUCUAUGAUUGACUCACAAGCUGGACCUGUGAUUCAGUUUGGCACAGGUGGUAGCCUUGUUCAUGUUUACGAAGACUUUGCAAUAGCAUUACCUCCUUUGAAUACUCAUUUAGCGCGUCAGAUGAUGUCGAGAACCAAAAUUUAUGGAGCGUUGGUAGCUGCACGUAAGACUUUGGGAAUGGAUACCAGGAAGAUCGAAGAAAUUGUCGAACGUUUUUCAAGAAUGGUCACGGAACAAGCUGCGUUUGUCAAGGCUUGUGAGAUCAAUCCGAUUAUAGUUGGUCCGAAAACUAUCUUAGUAGCUGAUGCUCGUGUCUGGCUUCAUGAAGUUAGCAAACAUUCUCCUCAGUUAACUCCCAGCCCAGCUAUUCGUCCUUAUCCUAGUGAGUAUGUAUUCUCUUGGCCCGGAGAUUCCAUGGGAACUCCGCCCUUCUUAGUGAGGCCCAUUCGACCUGAAGAUGUACAUCGUUUAAAGCGUUUUAUGGAACUGAUUCUUAAACUGAAAAGGAACGAAAGCAGUAUAUCGGAUUCUAAAUUAUUGAUGACAGCUACGUUACCUGAAGAUGUUCCUAUGGAAUUGUUUGAAAUGUUGUCCCAUGACAAUCGUUGGAAGGAUGUUACAUUGCAACGAUUAAAUGAGCGAGUGGUUUCCAUUUGUCAUGCAGAUUAUUCUACCACUAUAACAUUAGUAGCUGAAACGAUGGACUCAGAAAGUGGCGAAAUGGAAUUUCAUGGUUUUGCAUCCCUUUGUUUACGCAAAGGUACUAAAGAGGAAGGAGUCAUCUCAUUGAUCAUGAAAGAAAACAAUACCCUUGCCAAUGAAUUAUUUAGAAGAUUGAUAGUUAUUGCGAAACAGGAGAGUUUGAGUAAGCUGACAUUUUGUUUCCAUGAAAAGGAAGCUUCACUUGAAAAGCUGGGUCGCCAGAUUGGUUUUCAUUUUGAAAAACAAGGUUCUCAGUUAUGUAGAGCUACAAAAAUAUUCGCGAAUGAAACUAGGAAAGAGAAUCUUUCAGCUUGAAGAGGAAUGUGAAUGGAAUCU